AUGGUCUCCAUCGCGCUCACUGCUAUUGCUGCCCUUGCUGGUUUUCUCGCUCAGGGAGCUGUUGCCGUGCCCUCCCCAGUUGCUGAUGCUGAGGGCAAUUACAUCAAACGCGCUGCCAGCUGCACAUUCCCAUCUCCUCCCAAGACCUCAAGCUUGAGUGCCGCCAAGACUAUCACUGGUACCUUUGAUGGUGGAAAUGUCCGCUACGACCGUGGCAAGGGUGCUUGUACUGGCCAAAAGGAAGGUGGAGACAAGGAUGCCGUAUUUAUCCUUGAGUCGGGAGCUACUAUUCAAAACGUGGUUAUUGGUGCUGAUCAGGCUGAAGGUAUACACUGCCUCGGCCCGUGUACUAUCCGCAACGUCUGGUUCGAAGAUGUAUGUGAAGAUGCAAUCACCAUCAAACAAAGCUCAGGCACUUCCAACAUCAUUGGUGGUGGUGCCAAGAGCGCUGAUGACAAAGUAGUCCAACAUAACGGCGGUGGACAUGUCAAAAUUGACUCCUACUGUGUUCAGGACUUCGGAAAGCUCUAUCGCUCAUGCGGGAACUGCAAGACCCAAUACAAGCGCACCGUAUCCAUCAGCAAUAUUACCGCGAAGAACGGAAAACUACUUGCUGGCGUAAACUCGAACUACGGGGAUGUUGCUACUAUCAAUACCGGCUCCAACUCCUAUAGCAGUCUGAAGUCGGUCUGCGACACUUUCGAGGGUAACAAUAGCGGGAAGGAGCCCAAGACACUUACCAAGAACACCAAGAACACUAACUGCGCGUUCUAA